UGGUAAAUGGAAUAUUGGUCUGAAAUUACUAAUGAGACCUUGGAAAAUGCUAGAAAGUAUAAGAAAUAGGAAUAAGAAAGACAACAUAAUUGUAUAAAUGAAAGCUUGAUUGAUUCAGAAGCUUAAGAAUAGUAUGAGAAAUGUUCUGAAUCCCUUUUUCGUAAUUGGUAAGUGUUUAUGCUAAAAUUGGAAUGGGAAAGACAUAAAUUACAAGAUUGUUUGACUAUUGCAAAAAAAGCCAAUAUAAAAGAUGAUUCAGAAAUAAAGAAAAUGUGUUGUGGAAGUAUCAAAUAAAAUAUUAAGAGUUAUUUUGAUUAAUUAUAGAGAGAUGAU